ACUGUUUUUCUGGGCGGAGUCAAUAGCCGGUUCUUUCCGUGAAAACUCGUCGUUCAAAGUACAAGAAGAUCAGAUAAUGUUCCAGCUGGCCAGACGUUUAUCAAUCUCGUCUAUGGGCCAGAAAGUCACAGAACUGCGAUUUCCUGUCCCAUGGGGCCACAUCGCCGCCAAGUCCUGGGGUCCUCGUGAGGGGCGUCCGGUUCUGUGCCUGCAUGGCUGGUUGGACAACGCCAACUCUUUCGACAGGCUAAUACCACUGCUACCUCAAGAAUGCCAGUAUCUAGCGAUGGAUUUCCCAGGACAUGGACUCUCAUCACACAGAUCUCCUGGAGCCCAUUACAGCUUCCCAGCCUAUGUGAACGACGUUCUCAGAGUAGCUAAAGCGUUAGAAUGGAAGACGUUUUCAAUUCUGGGUCACAGCAUGGGUGGCAACGUGGCUUGUUUGUUCAGUGCGCUGUUUCCAGAGAUGGUGGAUAAGCUGGUCAUACUGGAUGCCUACGGAUUCUUACCCACAGAGGCUGAUGAAAUCCCCCGGCUGGUUCGUAAAGGAAUGGAGGAGAUGUUGGGGUACGAGAGCGAGGCGAGGCCAGGGAAAGUCUACCCCCCCGAGGAGGCGUGUCAGAGGCUCCUCUCUGCUAACUCCUCCCUGUGUGAGGAAUCAGCUCUCAUCCUGCUGCAGAGAGGCAGCACUGAGGUGCCCGGAGGGCUUGUAUUUAACCGUGAUUUCCGACUUAACCUGACAAACAUUGCGAGGGUAACUCUAGAGCAGAGCCUGCAGUUACAGAAGAGAAUCACCGCCAGUGUCCUGAUUGUGCUGGCCGAUGAGGGAAUUCGGAAAAUGGCAAUAUUGAACCCGGAUAAGCUGCUGCAGGGAUUUCGAGACUCGCUCGGAGAGUCUCAUUUCCGUUUGGAGUCAGUUCCAGGGAACCACCACGUGCAUCUCAACCAGCCCGAGAAAGUGUCCCCGAUCGUGGGGAGAUUCCUGAGCAGCCCUGCAUGGAGCUCCAGCAUCGACAGCGCUGCCAAACUGUGACCCCGCUGAGACCCCAGAACCAGAACCAGACCCCGCUGAGACCCCAGAACCAGAACCAGACCCCGCUGAGACCCCAGAACCAGAACCAGACCCCGCUGAGACCCCAGAACCAGAACCAGACCCCGCUGAGACCCCAGAACCAGAACCAGACCCCGCUACAGACCCCAGAACCAGAACCAGACCCCGCU